AUGAACGGCGGACCGUCAGCCAACGAGCUACCUCUCCCCACCAACGCGAGCCACGUGCAUGGGUCCCUCUCCGAUCUCCUUCCAUCCCAUUUCACCACCGAGAUAACAGCAUGGCUGGCAGAGGAUACACCCUCAUUCGAUUACGGCGGAUUUGUGGUGGGAUCUGCUCCACGCACAGCUCAGCUGCUGUGCAAGUCGCCAGGCAUCCUUGCUGGGGUGCCCUUUUUCGACGAGGUAUUUCGCCAGCUAGACUGCCAGGUUGAGUGGCACGUCAAUGAAGGAGCAUACAUUGAUACCGUUGCUAAAGAGGGAAAAGUCCGCGUUGCUACUGUCAGUGGCCCUACAAGGAAACUGCUUCUCGGGGAAAGAGUUGCUCUCAAUACACUUGCCAGGUGCAGCGGUGUUGCCACCAAGAGCAGGCGCUUGCUAGACAUGGUAAGAGAGGCUGGCUACACUGGCAUCAUAGCUGGCACAAGAAAGACAACGCCUGGAUUCCGCUUGGUCGAGAAAUAUGGAAUGCUUGUCGGCGGCAUCGACGGACACAGGCACGACCUUAGCAGCAUGAUCAUGCUCAAAGAUAAUCACAUCUGGGCCAAAGGGAGCAUCACCAACGCUGUCAAGGCGGCUCGAUCUGUUGGAGGUUUUGCUUUGAAGAUCGAAGUCGAAUGCCAGAGCGAGGCCGAAGCCGACGAAGCUAUCGAGGCAGGUGCUGAUAUCGUCAUGCUUGACAACUUCGAUGGCGCCGGCCUAAAAGUUGCCGCACAAAGCCUCAAGCAGAGGUGGAAGGGUAAGAGGGAGGUCUUGCUGGAGAGCAGCGGAGGCCUGACUGAGCACAAUGUCAAGGAGUACAUCAACAAUGAUAUCGAUAUCAUCUCUACCAGCUCGGUCCACCAGGGCGUCUCGCAUGUUGACUUCUCCCUCAAGAUCGAUCACUAG